AUGGUACCAGGGGAAGAUGCGCACCGACACGGCGCCGCUGUCGACGACAUGGAAUCCAGCGCCGUGGCAGGGGUGAAUGGGGGAGCAGAUGCGACGGAACAAUCACAAAAGCCCGCCCUUCCGGCCGAUCCGCCACAGCCAGAACCACUCUUUUCUCCGACCACGAGCGACGAUGACCUGUUGACAAAGACAUUUCGCUUCCUCUCGACGGCCACGCCGGAGACCCUGGGCGCCAUAGGGGUCGGGCUGGCCGCCUCGACGUACCUGGUCCUCGGAAAGCUCGGCCUCGUCCUGGUCGGCGCAUUCGGCGGCGUCGCCCUGUUCAUAUCGUGGGAAGCGCGCAACCCGGAGUUGUCGCGUGCUAUCAAGGGCGAGAGAGGCGUGGACGUCCUGGCGCGGGUGCUGGCGAGCAAGAGCGAGAACAAGGACGGGAGCGCCAGCAGGGAGAACCGAGAGGACGAGUACCAGUGGGGUGCCCAGAGCUUCGACGACUUCCGCCCGGAGACGCGCGAUGCGCUCAACAACCUCGUCGACGCAAUAAUAAGAGACUACGUGAAAUGGUGGUACGGGCCCAUCGUGCCCAGAGACGACUCCUUCCCGGCGUCGUGCAGAAAGGUCUUGACGUCCUAUCUGCUAUCCGUCUCGAACCACCUGAGCCGGAAGCGGCCGGCCGACGCCUUCUUGGACUUCCUCACCAAUUCCUCCUCCAUCGUCAUUGUCCUGUUCGCCGAGCUUUCUGCCGCCUUCGCGGAACUGCCUACCGACUCCAAGAUGACUGCUGCGGACGCGAUAUAUAACUACCUCUCCGCCAAUCCCGACUCGAGCUUGGCGAAUUUGCUGAGCCAGAAGCAGCAGGCCAGCAAGUUCAAGAUGGUCGCCGAGGAUCUGCUAGCCUUCUUGGACAGGUCAAGUUACGACUGUGAUCCUGCCCGGAUAUUCCUCAGGGAGAUCCUGGCAAGCGUCAUCUUGGAGAAGACGCUCGAGACCUGCUCCAAGCCCGAGUGGAUCAAUGGGUGGAUUGUGUACCUCCUCGAGGCCGGAGAGCCCGACCUCAGCCAGGCUAUCGACGUAGGCAUGCAGACAGGUCCGGAAGCAAACAACAAUGCGUUCAUUGAUAUCGAUGGCAACGUAGGGAACAUCGGGCUGUCGAAAGGAAACCGCAACUCCUUUGAUAUGGAGAAGGCCAGGAAGAGAGAAUCCAUGGGCCACAAGAAACAGCUUAGUAAGGCUGAAGAGGAGAUGGAGGAAGCCAUGGAAGAGAUGGAGAGGCUAAACAAGAUGAUUGCCGAAGACGAGGCCCGCAGAGCCCGGGCAAAGAGUGCGAGCGAACCUUCCAAGGAGACGAAGAGCGCCGCAGACGCAUCGGAGCGACUGGCGGGGGCUAUGAAGCGUAAUGCCAACGAGCUGGAGAUUCAGCCAAACCUACCUGACAGCAAAAAUGAUGCUACUGGCCUUGGUGUGCAGUCGCCUCCUGCGUCUGCCAAGGUCUCGCCCAAGGACCCGAGCAGCUCCGGCGACGAGCAGUCGGGCAAGGGCGAGCCGAUCUACACACCUAUCACACCGCGGUCAUCAAUGGCCGAAUCGCCCAGCCAGACUACCUCCCCGAACCGCGACUCGGGCCACUUCACCAACUUCGAUCAGCUGGUCCCUCCGGCACAGGACGACGCUGACCUGAGCGAUUCGGAACAGCGCAAGCCCGUGCUGACCCUGCACAAGGCAUCCGUGACUAUUCACGACGAGGCUCUCGUCGACACAGGGCGGAUUAGGAGCAAGCCCUCGUGGGACUUUUUGAUACAGAUCGAACCAGCCACCACCCAGUUCCCCGGCUGGAUGAAUGUCAGGAGGUACUCGGACUUUGAGCGGCUCCACGAGGUCAUGCGGAGGAUCGCGACCAUCUCUGGAGCAAAGGCGUUUACGGAACAGCACGCCGAGCUUCCAAGUUGGAGAAUACACACCCGUGCUUCGCUUCGCGGCGAGUUGGAGAGGUAUUUGCGCGAUGCACUUUGGUACCAACCCCUGGCGGAGAGCGAGGGUAUGAAGCGCUUCUUGGAGAAGAACUCGGGCCAUGCUCCCAGUGCAUCCAAGUCCGGCUUUCAGCUCCAGGCCUUCGAGAACAUGGGCAAGAACGUCCUAGGUGUCUUGUCAAACGCUCCCAAGGGCAUGAACGAGGGAGGCAAGGCUCUCGUGGGCGGCGUCACGGGCGUUCUCGGGAACAUGGGACUCGGCCAGCGGAAGAACACCGCCUCGUCAUUACAAGACGUCACUGCCUACACAAACAGGCUGUCCGUGUCUACGCCGCCGCGAGUGGACAGCAGCAUCUCGAUGAACGGUUCGAACCGAAAGACGCGAGACAGCCUCGACAGCCAGAGGUCGUCCGUGGUCUCGACGCAACCCGCGCGGAUGGCGCCCAUGGAGCGCCGGCCCAGCUACAACUCGCAGAGCGAGGCCGAGGGAGAGCCGCUCUCGGCCGCCAGGUCGGACCGCUGGGAGCUCAUGUCGCCCAGCACGGGCGGCAGCAGGCAGCACAGCCGCGCAUCGAGCCUCGCGCCCGCGCGGUCCCCCUCCGUCGCCAGCUUCAGCAACAUGAAGCUACCGCCCCCGCCCGACGCGAUCCCGGACGACUACGACGCCCUGAGCAACAGCAACAACCACGAGGAAGACGGUGGAGGCAGGAACCCGAAGCGCAACUCGACCAUGGCCAUGCGGUCGCGGUCGCAGUCCCUCACCAACGCGCGCCGGCGGUCGAUGCCGGCCCCGACGUCCGGCUACAAGCAGUUCCCCAAACUCAGCGAGCAGGAGACGCGCGUCGCCGUGGAGCUGCUGUUCGCCGUCAUCAACGAGCUGUACACGCUCUCCUCGGCCUGGAACAUCCGGCGCACGCUCCUCACGGCCGCCAAGUCGUUCCUCCUGCGGCCCGGCAACCCCUCGCUCGCGUCGAUCCAGACCCUCAUCCAGACCUCCGUGCUCGAGGCCAACACGUCGGACGAAGGGGUCGCGCGGCACCUGGCCAAGCUGCGCGAGAACACGCUGCCGACGGAGGAGGAGCUCGCGGCCUGGCCGGCCGAGAUGUCGGCCGAGGACAAGGAGAGGCUGCGCGCGCGGGCGCGCGCGCUGCUGAUCAAGAGCGGGGUGCCCGCGGCGCUGAUGGGCGUCAUGGGCCAGGCGGCGACGAGCGAGGCCAUGGGCCGCAUCUUUGACUGCCUCCAGGUCGAGGAGGUGGCGCGGGGCCUCAUCUUUGGGGUCCUCUUGCAGGCCGUGCGGGUGGUGACGCACUGA